AUGGCCCUACAGGAGAGGGUCUUCACGCCAAGGAGGAAUGGGUCGAAGUUGAGUCUUCAACAGUUUCUGAAGGUGUUUACUCAGCUUGUGCGGGACUCUUGUUAUUAA